AUGCCCCCGCUGGGGGCCCUGGAAUACUCCAGGAGCUGUGAUCAGGCCCAUUUCAAAGCUGUGUUCACUGAGGCCCAGAAAGGCCCCACACGGAGCUCAGGACCCCCAAAGAGGCAGCGGCAGGAGCGCACGAUGUACACCAAAGAGCAACUGGACGUGCUCAAGGAAUACUUCCAGAAGAAUAAGUACCCCGGCUACCAGGACCGCCUGCGCCUGGCGGCCAGGCUCAGCCUAGAGGAGCACAAACUGCAGGAGAGGAUCAGCGAGGCCAAAGGGGUCCAUUGCUGCCCUGGGUCACGCAGCAAGCAAGGGGUCUCCCGGACCUUCGGGCCUCUGAACCCGCGAACCCUUUCGGGCCGACCCGUCCCUGGCCCCUGGCUCCUGGGGGCCCAAGCGCUCUCCCUCCUGCCCUCUGCACCCCUCCCCGGCGGCCUCCUGAACACCAGGGGCCACAAAUUGGGUCUGGGAGGAGGAGGGGGAGGGCUGGCCGGCUUCUCACCGGGACGGGGCGGCUUCACACCCGGGGCCGAGGAGAAUGCGCGCAGCCUCUCGCCUCUUACACCUCCUCCCGGUCCCCUGUUUCCCCAGGUGUGGUUCAAGAACCGCCGGGCCCAACGCUCCCGGCUGGAGCGACUGGCCGAGGGCGGAGGCCAGAGGGCCCGCGAUGCUCCCACGGAUCCCGGGAUCCCCUGCGCCCUGGGCCCCGCGCCCGCCCCUGUCACCGCCCCCGCUUCUGUCUUUGCUGCCGCUGCAGUUGCCGGCCCCGCAUUCCCAGACGGCCCGGGAUUCCGCAGGCCCCCUCUGCCCAGCCCCGCGGGGAUGCGCCCAGCGCCAGAGCCCAGCGUCUCCAGCCACGGCCGGGCCAUGUGGGCCCCGGCACAAGGCGCCCAGGCGCCCCUCCAGGCUGCUUCAGCCCCGGCCCCGCCCCCAGUCUGGCCUCUGGACCCAUACGCCCCCAACUUUGGCCCAGAUCCUUUUCUAAUUCCAGUGAUAUUCUCACGCCAAGACCCUUCCUCCCCGACGUCUGGGUACCAAACAGAAGAUAGCUUUGUGGAUGAGAACGACUUAGGCCCCGGCCGGUUACUGAAUUUAUAG